GGAGUGACAGCAGUGCAAGGAGCGACCGCACAGCGCUGGACAUUGGCACGGCGUUUGUUCACGCUUUACAGUCAAGAUGGGGCCUCUGCUGAUGGCGGUAGUCGGGGCGCUGCUGUUGCACGGCGGCGCGCUCGCCCGACCGCAGACUGAGAACGACGUGAUCCUCAACUCCCAGCCCGGCGACACCAGCACCAUUCCCGCGGACGAGACCCAGUUCAUCAACGACCUGCUGGGCGACACGUCGCCGCCAAAGGAGGUGGUGCGCUGCGAGAGCGGCCAGCACGUCUGCACGCCCCACUUCCGCUGCGACGAGGCGAACAUCAUCACCGAUGGACUCGGCCAGUUCGACCUACGCAUCAACAAGCCUCAGGUCGAGGACGAAUUUGACUUCUUCAUGCACUCGGAGUGCCCGCGAUUCGGCGAUGUCUGCUGCACGCGACCGAAGAGAGCCUGAGCGUCUCCAAGCCUUACGUGCCGCAGUGCGGCCGCCGAAACCAGCUCGCCAUCGGCGCACGAAUCAUCGGCUUGAAAGACAAGACGCAGUUUGGCGAGAUUCCCCGGAUGGCGGUCGUGCUGCGCUUGGAGAAGGUGGGCGGCGAGGAGCGCGACUUCUUCGAGUGCGGCGGCUCGCUUAUUCACCCGCAGGUGGCGUUGACCGCCGCCGGAGAGCGAACGCUUCCGACACGUGGAUGUGAACAUGGCACAUUUCGUGGCGCAAGAUAAUCUUCGGCUGCGGCGCCCCAAUGACGACGCGGUGUUGCUUCUUCCUGGAGGAGCCCGUCGAGCUGCAGGAGCAUAUCGACACGUUCUGCCUGCCCAACCCGGAUGUCGUAUAUGACCAGGCCCAGUGCAUCGCUACCGUUUGGGGGAAGGAUGCCUUCGUGGC